AUGAGUGGCAAAUUCGUUGGACUUCCGCCGCAAUGGUUGUCAUUAAUUCAGGGAAACAGCAAUUCUCUGCGGCCGCGACCUAUCAUCGAUCCGUCAAACAUCACUCACACAGAGAUUAUGGACAUAAAAACCCAGACAAUCAUUCGGGGAAACUCUGUGACCGUCAGUCAGCCUAACAGUCGAGCUCUGGUCACGCGAUCCAAUUCAUUGCGUAAAGCGGAUUCACCGCCGGCUCUGCGGCCCAAUCGAGUGCCGCCCCCUUUGCCCGAACACGACGUGAUCGAUAACACCGGUAUGUCUGGUGCCGGACAACAACAGCAACAAGUGAUGGCAUAUCCAGUGCCGCCAAACCUUAACCAACAUUCACAUCAUAAUCAUAAUCAUUCUCACCAUCACAUGAAUCAACAAAAUUUUCAACAAAAUCAAUUCCGCAAUUCUUCACAACCAUCAGUGCCUUUAAUGCCGACACAAUCUCAACCCCAGAUGAAGCCACAGCUGUCUCCCCAUCAGUCCACUCAACAAAGAGCUAAAUCUCCGGUUUCGACGCAUUCUGUGCCACAACUCAUUCAACACCCGAACAAUCAAAUGAAUGAACAAACGAUGAGCAAUGGACCACUUCAGCCAUACCAGACCUCUUCCAUGCAAAUGCCAGCCCAUUCUCAACAGCAUAUAAUGAGCGCACAAAUUCAGACCCAACCUUAUAAUAGUCAAAAUUCAUAUUCAUUUCCACACCCGAACACAAACCCACAAAACCCAACUCCAAUCCAUUCCCAACAAACCAUACCAAUGACUGUCGUCCCUUCAAUGGCCAAUCAGUCAACGAGACCGCAGUCUCCACAACAGCCCUCUCCACAUAUGAUGCAACCGUCAGGUCAGGGAUCCCAACCACAGCCAUCGCAAGCAGUGCCACAGCAAUCGCAACAAAGAUUAUCGCACGAACAGUUCAGAGCUGCCCUUCAACUGGUGGUCAGUCCAGGGGAUCCCAGAGAGAAUUUGGAGAAUUUUGUGAAGAUAGGCGAGGGAUCCACUGGUAUUGUUUGCAUCGCUCUUGAAAAGAGCUCUUCACGACAGGUGGCCGUCAAGAAAAUGGAUUUACGAAAACAACAGCGACGGGAACUGCUGUUUAAUGAAGUGGUGAUUAUGCGUGACUAUCAUCACCCGAAUAUCGUGGAAAUGUACGACUCGUUUCUCGUUGACGACGAACUCUGGGUUGUGAUGGAGUUCCUGGAAGGCGGCGCUCUCACAGAUAUAGUGACUCAUUCUCGUAUGGAUGAGGAACAGAUCGCCACUGUUUGCAAACAGUGUCUCAAAGCACUCCGUAAGGAGGUAAAAUUAUCUGACUUUGGGUUUUGCGCUCAAGUGUCCACUGAAUUACCGAAACGCAAAUCAUUGGUUGGAACGCCUUAUUGGAUGGCACCCGAGGUUAUAUCAAGGCUUCCAUACGGUCCAGAAGUGGACAUUUGGUCGUUGGGUAUAAUGGUUAUCGAGAUGUGUGACGGCGAGCCUCCCUUUUUCAAUGAGCCCCCACUGCAGGCCAUGCGACGCAUCCGUGAUAUGCCUCCUCCGAGACUCAAGAAUGUCCACAAAGUGUCGCCCCGUUUACAGGCUUUUCUCGAGAAGAUGUUAGUUCGCGAUCCGACUCAACGGUCGACAGCAUUGGAAUUACUUCAACACCCAUUCCUUCGUCAGGUCUGUCCAUAA